AUGGGCGCCGCGGGCCUCUUCUGGGUUUUCUGGGCUGUUGUCGCGCCAGGCGUCCUCGGGAUUUCUUGUGGCCCUCCGCCUCCUAUCCAAAAUGGUUGGCUUAGUCAGUACUCUAAAGCCAUACCUCCGGGUACUGUUGUAAGGUACACUUGUUUGAAUACCUUCCGCCUCAUUGGAGAAAAAAAUAUUUUUUGUAUAAGUAAAGACCAAGUGAAAGCGAUCUGGGAUAAAGCUGCUCCUAUAUGUGAAUACUACAAUAAAAACUCUGUUUGCUCUCGGCCUAGCAUACCAGGGGGGUAUAUCAGUAAAGACUCUAGACCACCAUACAGACAUGGUGAUUCCGUGACAUUUGCCUGUAAAACCAACUUCACCAUGAAAGGAAACAAAAGUGUUUGGUGUCAAACAAACGCAAAAUGGGGACCGACGCCACUACCGACCUGUGAGAGUGAUUUUCCCCUGGAGUGUUCACCACUUCCCACGAUCCCCAACGGACAUCACACAGGGGAGAAUGUGGGCCCCAUUGCACCAGGAUUGUCUGUGACGUACAGCUGUGAACCUGGUUACUUGCUUCUUGGAGAAAAGAUCAUUCGCUGUUUGUCUUCGGGAGCCUGGAGUGCUGUCGCUCCCACAUGUAAAGAAGCACGGUGCCAACCUCCAGGACGAUUGCUUAAUGGGCAGAUAAAGACGCCGCCAAAUCUUCGGGUUGGCGUCACUGUGAACUUUUCCUGUAAUGAAGGGUAUCGAUUACAAGGCCAAGCUUCUAGUCGGUGUGUAAUUGCUGGCGAGCAAGCUGUUUGGACCAAAAUGCCUGAAUGCAAAGAAAUUUUUUGCCCACCGCCUCCCCCUAUUGUCAAUGGAAGACAUACAGGCAGCUCUUCAGCGAACAUUCCAUAUGGAAGAACAGUCACUUACACUUGUGACCCGGACCCAGAGGAAGGAGUGAAGUUCAUUCUUAUUGGCGAGAACAUUAUCCGUUGCACAACCGAUAGUCAGAAGACUGGGGCCUGGAGUGGCCCUGCCCCACGCUGUGAACUUUCUACUUCUGCGGUUCAUUGUCCACGUCCCCAGAUCCUAAGAGGCAAGAUGUUAACUGCACAGAAAGAUCAAUACACUUACAACGACACCGUGGUAUUUGCAUGCCUGUCUGGCUUCACCUUGAAGGGCAGCGAGCAAAUCCGAUGUAAUGCCCGAGGCACGUGGGAGCCAUCGGCACCAGUCUGCGAAAAGGAAUGCCAGGCCCCUCCUGAAAUCCUAAAUGGGAAAAAGGAAGAUAGGCACAUGGUCCACUUUGACCCUGGAACAUCCAUAAAAUAUAGUUGUGACAUUGGCUAUGUGCUGGUGGGAGAAGAAUCCAUACAUUGUACCCCUGAUGGAGUGUGGACACCCACUGCCCCCAAAUGCAAAGAGGCAGAAUGUAAACCUACAGGAAAGAAGCUCUUUACAAAACCCCAGAAUCAAUUUAUUAGACCACAUGUUAACCCUUUUUGCAAAGAAGGGUACCGCUUAGGCGAAAGUGUUUAUGAGAUGUGUGAAGACACAACUCCUUGGUUUAUGGAGAUUCGUGUUUGCAAUGAAAUCACCUGCCCACCGCCUCCUGUUAUCCACCAUGGGACACACACAGGGAGCUCCUCAGAAGACGUUUUAUAUGGCACCAUAGUCACUUACACAUGUAACCCUGGGCCGGAGAGAGGAGUGCCGUUCAACCUCAUUGGAGAGAGCACCAUCCGUUGUAUAAGCGAUGCUCAAAACAGAGGCACCUGGAGUGGCCCCGCACCCCGCUGUAUACUUUCCCUCCCUGCUGUCCAGUGCUCACAUGUCCACCUUGCAAAUGGAUACAAGAUAUCUGGCAAGGAAGCCCCAUAUUCCUACAACGACAGUGUGACAUUCAAGUGUAAUAAUGGAUUUACUUUGAAGGGCAGCAGUCAGAUACGCUGCAAAGCUGAUAACACCUGGGAUCCUGAAAUACCAGUUUGUGAGAAAGACUGCCAGCCACCUUCUGGGAUACACCAUGGUCAGCAUACAGGUGGAAAUACGGUCCUCUUUGUCUCUGGGAUGACUGUAGACUACACUUGUGACCCUGGCUACUUCCUUGUGGGAAACAAAUCCAUUCACUGUAUGCCUUCGGGACAUUGGAGUCCUUCUGCCCCACGGUGUGAAGAAGCUUGUCAGCCUGUGAGAGAGGAUCUUCAGGAAAUUCCAGUGGAUUCACACGUGGAACCAGUUAACACAUCCUGUCCAGACGGGUACCAGUUGACUGGACAUACUUAUCAGAAGUGUCAAGAUGCUAAGAAGGGGGUUUGGUUCCAAAAAAUUUCACUUUGUAAAGUUAUUCACUGUCAACCUCCACCAGUGAUUGACAAUGGGAGGCACUCAGGCAUGAUGGCAGGACACUUUCUAUAUGGAAAUGAAGUCUCUUAUGAAUGUGACCAAGGAUUCUAUCUUCUGGGAGAGAAGAAUUUACUGUGUAGAAAUGAUUCUAAAGGACAUGGAUCUUGGAGUGGCCCUCCCCCUCAGUGCUUAGAAUCUCCCGCUGUAACCCAUUGCCCUAACCCAGAAGUCAAACAUGGAUACACUCUCAAUGAAACUCAUUCCGCAUAUUCCCACAAUGACGUAGUAUAUGUUGCCUGCAAUCCUGGCUUCAUCAUGAACGGCAGUCACUUGAUUAAGUGUCAUACGGAUAAUACAUGGGUGCCAGGUGUACCAACUUGUAUCAGAAUGGCUUUCUUAGGGUGUCAACAUCCAUCCAAGAUCCCGAAUGGAAAUCAUACUGGUGGCAGUGUAUCUCAGUUUUUCCCUGGAAUGUCAAUCCUGUACAGCUGUGACCAAGGCUAUCUGCUGGUGGGGGAGGCACUCCUCGUUUGCACAUAUGAAGGAACCUGGAGCCAACCUACCCCUUAUUGUAAAGAGGUAAACUGUAGCUCUCCAGCAAAUAUGAACGGAAUCCAGGGGCUGGAGCCUAGGAAAAUGUAUCAGUACGGAGCCAUCGUAACUCUGGAGUGUGAAGACGGGUAUACCCUAGACGGCAGUCCCCAGAGCCAGUGCCAGGCCGACCAUCAGUGGAACCCUCCCCUGGCUGUUUGCAAAUCUGAUCAAUUUGUUCCUAUUCUUUCCGCUAUUUCUGCAGGUGCAUUACUACUUAUCUGCUUGAUUGGUGUCACAUUAUGCAAAAUAAAACACAGGGGACGCAAUUAUUAUACAAACAAAAGCCCUCAAGAAGAAGCUGUCCAUGUAGAAGCACGACAAGUAUAUUCUAUUGAUCCAUACAACCCAGCAAGCUAA